AUGCUAAUGAAAGCCGAUCACAAAGCAAUACAUGAGAAGGUAGAGAAGAAAGCAGAGGAGGAGAGACGAUAUGCUGCAGAGCUUUCAUCCCAUGCACCUGAGUUUGUGCUUGGAUUGAGACCCCACACAGUCUGGGAGAAGAUGCACGUUAGUCUUGCUUGCGUUAUCCAGGGAGCACCUUCCCCUCGGGUCAAAUGGUAUAAAGACGGAGUUCUGAUUCAACCAACAGCUGUUCCUGGCAAAUACACGAUUGAGAAUAAAAUUGGUUUGCAGACUCUUGAGAUUAGUAGAUGCAGCCCUGAGGAUUCUGGUGAGUACUCUGCAGUAGCUUCAAAUGAUCAUGGAGAGGCAACAUCACGUGCUACAGUUCUUGUGAAAAGGCAUCAAGGCUCAGAUUCAGGAGGUGACUCUCUCAGGCUGGAAUCCAGUCAACUUGAGGUGGAUGUUGAUAUUGUUGGUGGGUUUGAAGCUUCUUUUGGUAAAGAGGGAGAUUCUUUAACCCUGACCUGCACCUUCUCAUCAGCCUUGACAAGCAACCUGGGAGACUUCUGUUGGCUUAGGGAUGGUAUUUUGCUGAAGGAAUCCAAAUGGUUAAAGAUUGAGUGCUCUGAUAAAUCCACCAAACUGACUCUCCCUCACAUCCAUAAGGAAGAUGAGGGCCUCUAUACCAUGUGCCUUCUCACGCGGACUGGUUAUAAGGAGCACAGUGGAUAUGUCUUUGUUAAAGAUGCUCCAGCUGCAGAAGCAGGAGCUCCAGGUUCACCACUGGAUGUGGAAUGUCAUGAUGUUAACAAAGAUUAUGUGUUUAUUACCUGGAAACCACCGAGUGCUGAUGGAAGGAGUCCGGUGAUUGGUUAUUUCAUUGACAGAUGUGAGGUAGGAAGUGACAAAUGGAUUCAGUGCAAUGACGUUCCUGAAAAAUUGUGCAAGUUUCCUGUUAUGGACCUAACUGAAAACCGAACUUACCUGUUCUGUGUUCGAGCGGUUAAUGCUGCAGGAAUCAGCAGACCUUCACGGAUCUCUGAACCAGUCACCACAAUUGAUCCUACAGCUGGAGCCAGAAUCAUAAGUAUGAAACUAGGGAAAGAAAGCAAGAUUGUGAUCACUAAAGAUGAGCUUGAAGGCGAAGUCCGCAUCCCACUUGCUCCAACUAAUGUUCACGUUACUGAAAUUGGACAAACCUAUGCUGCCCUCUGCUGGAAUGAACCUUGCCCCCGUGGCAGAGAAUCAGUCGUGUACUAUGUGGAAAAGUCAGCAGCUGGAAGUGGCAGUUGGCAAAGAGCAAACUUAAAAGUCCCUGUGAGCUGCCCAAGAUUUGCUGUCACUAACUUAGUCAAAAAUAAGUUAUAUUGCUUCAGAGUCCGAGCUGUCAAUAAAUAUGGGAUCAGUGAGGCGUCCCAGCCUUCUGAAACCAUUUCAUUUGGACAAAUCUCAGCUGCUCCUUCUCCACCAUAUGACAUUGUACCUGUCAGAAACACGAGGACGUCUGUGAUGGUCCUGUGGAAAGGGCCUGAAGAUGAAACCGAACUCCUAGGUUUUUACGUUUAUGUUUGUGAAGUUGGGACAAACAAUUGGGAAACCUGUAACAACAAACCUGUGACUUCAAAGAGUUUUGCAGUCCAUGGCCUCAUUCCUGGAAAGAAGUAUGUAUUUCGAGUGAAAUCUGUCAAUCCAGCAGGACUCAGUGACUAUUCUGUUGAAUCAACACCAAUCAUGGUGAAUAAUACCAUCUCUCUUCCAUCAGCUCCUUAUGGCCUGACACAACUGAACUCGGGGAAGAAUGAAAUGGUUAUUGGCUGGAAGGAACCAAAGUUCCCUAUUGGAGCAGAAAUCUUGGGCUAUUUCCUGGAUUCCUGUGAUGUAGUAGAAGCUGAGUGGCACGAAGUUAAUAUUAAACCUAUAAACGCAAAGAUUUACAAGGUCCAAAACUUAACAGAAGGCUCAUUAUAUCAAUUCCGAGCCUUCGCAAUGAACUGGGCUGGUGUUGGACAACCAUCUGAAGCCAGUGACCAAUUUAAAUGUGAAGAAUGGAUGAUGCCACAUCCUGGGCCACCUUUCGAUGUGAGAUUUAUUGAGGUUCGCAGCACCUCUUUGUUGCUUCUGUGGCAGCCUCCACUGUACACAGGAAAAGAUCCUCUAGCUGGCUAUUUCGUUCAGAUGUGCGAAACUGAUUUGGAAGAGUGGAAAACCUUAACUAAAGAGCCAAUACUUAAAACACACAUGAGGCAAUACCCUUACAGACCUAUCACUCCAGUGAAGAAGUACAUUAUUCCUACACCAAGUUGCCUGUCCAACCUUAAGAUUUGUCAUUUGGAAGAAGGCAAAACCUACAUAUUCCGUGUACUGGCAUUCAAUUCAGCUGGAACUGGUCUACCAUCAUUGCCAUCUGACCCUGUUCGAACUGAAACCAAACCAGGCACCACAGAGAUAAAUGUCGGUGUGGAUGAAGAUGGAAAUAUUUUCCUGGCACUGCAGAACUCUGAGGCCACCGAUGCACCAAAGUUUAUUUGGUCCAAGGACUACCAAGAAAUUACAACCCCUGAGAGAGUGCGGAUUGAAACAACAGAAGACAUAUCUAAACUGAUCCUGAUUGACCCCUCAGAAGAGGAUUUAGGUACUUACUCUGUCAUAGUAACCGGAACUGAUGGUGUUUCCUCUAGUCAUACUUUAACAGAUGAAGAGCUCCAGAGUUUAAAGAAACUGAGCCAUCGAAAAAGAAACCCACUAAUUCAUGUGAAGUCUAAUUGGGCUGCUGAGCUGCUUGGGAAGGAUGCUGUUCGACUCUGGUUGCAGGUCGAGAGUUUAUCCCCAGCUGCGCAUUUACGAUUCAUCGUUAAUGAGAAAGAAGUUUCAAGCACUCCGACCCACAAGAUUAAUUUUGAUAAAGCCAAUGGGAUUAUAGAAAUGAUCAUUCAAAACUUCUCUGAAGAAGAUGAAGGCUCCUACACAGCCCAGCUCCAGGAUGGGAAAGCCAAGGGGCAGGUCACGUUGGUUCUGAUCGAUGAAAAGUUCCGAGAUAUUUUAUCAGAGUUUAAUUUCCAAAGGAAUGAUUGGAAGAGAAAACAAGGGCCUUAUUUUGAAGAGUACUUGCACUGGGAAGUGACAGAAGAAUGUGACCUCCUUCUCACCUGUAAGGUGUCAAACACAAAGACCCAAACCAGCAUUGAAUGGUGCAAAGAUGGGAAACAAAUUACAGAUGUUAUAUACGAUCCCCAGAGUGGCACCAGUUCCCUUUCAAUCUCACAGGUCACUAAGAAGGAUGAAGGAGUUUAUAAAACAGUAGUGGCGGAUGAAAGGGGACAAGAUUCUAGUGUUCUCGAGAUGCUCAAUCAAGCAUUUGAUGACAUUCUCAAGGAAAUCUGCAGAAUUGGUGGCACUUCUGCUUCUGAAUUGAAAGUACAGGCCACAGCCGAUGGAAUAAAGCUUUAUUCCUUAACAAAGUGCAACAUGGAGUACAUGAAAAACACCUGGUAUUUAAACGAAAAAACCCUGGAAUCUCAAGAAAGAAGGAGAAUGGGAUCUGAUAAUCAGCAGGUUUGGCUGCAGAUCUCCAAUCCAACUGAAGCAGACAAGGGGAAAUACACCUUGGAAAUGUUUGACGGUAAACAGACAUAUAAACGAGUCCUUGCCUUAUCAGAACAAGUUUUUAAUGAAGCAAUAGCUGAAUAUCAAAGACUGAAGCAGGCGGCAAUUGCAGAAAAAAACAGAGCUAAAGUGGUCAAGGGUCUACCUGAUGUUAUUAACAUCAUGGAGGACAAGACCCUGUGCUUGUCUUGUAUCAUUUCUGGAGAUCCCAUUCCAGAAGUUUCCUGGCUGAAAAAUGAUAGAAAACUAGUUUCUGGUGAACACUAUCAGGUCGCUGUUGACAAGACCACAGUUACGUUCAGCAUCCAACAGGUCACUUCCGAAGACUCUGGAAAAUACAGUGUGUUUGUAAAGAACAAAUAUGGUUCUGAAACAGCUAGUGUAACAGUAGGUGUCUAUAAACAUGGAGAAGAGUCAGGGAAAGAAUAAUUUCUCAAUGAAAAGCCUUCAGGUCCCAGAUUUAUAACAACCCUACAUUGAGGAUAAAAGGUUCACUAGCAAACAUUUUUUUUUGUGAAAUAUUCUGAGUUCCAGAAAACAACAUUAUAGUUUGUGGUGCUAUUAGUGCUUUAAUUUAAAGGCAAUAUGGAAAUUUGCAGUUAGGCCUUGGAGUGCGAUAAUAAUCACUUUGAAGAAGAAAUGGAAAUCCGUAUCUUCAAGAAGGUGACGGGAGACAACAAUUAGGAAAAUCUAGGAAAUGAGGUGUAAGCUCAGGGUCUGCGGCAGAACAAUUUCAUUCUUGGAGUAAAAGACAUUUGGAGAAAUCAGUCAAACCUGUUUCAAAAGACAAUUGGACACUUUCAGAAGAGAGAAGAGACUAAGGUUCAGUGAGAAAGCAACGAAUUUGGAGGGUAGAGGUGGGAGGGUGAAUGGCUUUGGGUAGAUGUGCCAAAUAGGGAUAUUAGGUCCAAAGACUUUCUCUUGCUGUUAACAAUUUAUACACUCUUAUCUACCUCCCCAUUUUCCAAACUAUAGGGGGCACUUAUCAUCUUUAUAACCUGAGCAUUUUGAAUCACUUGGCCAAAGCACAGAAAAGAAAAUCUGAUGGAAAGGAUCACAUGCCCUUAAGUACUUGCUGGAGUUUCUUUCCUUUGUCCUAGUUCCUCCUGCAUUUGUUGCUGUGAAAAUGAAGUGACGAUGUAGGGGCAAUAUUGCUGGCCAGGAAAGAACCACAGAAUGGGGCUAAAAUGGAGCUGUGUUCCCAAACUCAAGAGGUGGAAAUGAGCCACACUCCUUGCUCUCUUUUGCAGCUCAGUAAAUCCUACUGGAAAUGCCGUGUGUGGGUGUCAAGUAAGGACAUACUGGCCUUUUCUCUAAUGUGCCUCAAGUUUAAAUGCUUGUGGUCUGUCUGAGUUUACAUUAACUUCUCUAUUGGUUUCUCUCAAUAAGCCAGUUAAUUUCUAUUGUAUAAAUUUAUGGCAUUCAAUGUUGGAAAUUUAUUUUAAACAUAUGUGCCACAUAAUGUUAAAAAGUAUCACUAAUACUGACAUGGUGGGUUAGACACAGAUCGUUAUCUCUGGGAUCUCCAUUAAAAUACAGCCCAGGUUGAUGGGAUGAAAAUUUCCUUUGUCGGCUGGUUAGAAUUCUACAGCAAAUAUGUUUAAAUGGGUCUCAGUUCAGUUCCUAGUGUGCAUCAGCCUGAAACACAAAAUGGCCCUAUGUUGUCAAUCCCCAGGUAACACUGAUUUAGGGACUGGAACUAGAUUAUACUAAUGUAGUGCAUCUUAUUCAUCAGGGCUGGGGGCUGAGGCAUAUUUUUGGGGCAGAAUGCUGGAAACUCUAUCCAACCCAGCAAUAUAUGACCUGGGAAUGCUGGUACUGAAAGUGGGUGCCGUAGGGAAAGUGCUUCAUUCUCCAACAUGAAAACCCUUCAUCCUUGAUCACAAUAACUCGAAUAAAACAUAAUGGAAAUAUUAGUCAUCUUCAGAUUACCGUGUUAAACAUCCAGAGUGUUGUGCAUAAAAGCAGUUUCAUAGUUCAGAGGUAGCCAUGACCUCAUUGUUUUUCAUUCAUUCAUGGGAUGUGGGCCUCACUGGCUGGGCCCAGCAUAUAUUGCCCAUUCCUAAUUGCCCUGGAGAAGGUGGUGGUGAGCUGCCUUCUUGAACUGCAGCAGUCC